AUGACUGAAAAGGGAGUUAGAGUUUGUCAAAAGGUAACAAUUGUCAAACUUAUAGAUUUGAAGAAGAUAGACAAUAAGGCUACAUUGAGGGUGGAGAAGUCAAAAACAAAAUAUGUGUCAUUGCCUCCGGUUUCUACUCAACACCAAAUGGAUACAAACACUCUUGGUGUUGAUCCAAAAAAGAGAAAGACAUCAACUGUAGAAAAUGCCUUUAAUUUGCAAGCUAGAGAGACAUUUGAUCAUGAAAUUGCUAGGAUGUUUUACUCUUCGGGGCUACCUUUUCAUUUAGCAAGAAAUCCUCAUUACAGGAAAGCGUUUGCCUAUGCUACCAACAAUCAAAUCAAUGGUUACCAAUCUCCAGGUUAUAAUAAAUUAAGGGCAACAUUACUUCAAAAUGAGAGGAAACAUGAGGAGAACUUAUUACAACCAAUUAAAAAUGCAUGGAGCCAGAAGGGUGUGAGCAUUGUUAGUGAUGGAUGGAGUGACCCGCAAAGAAGAUCUCUUAUUAAUUUCAUGGCUGUCACGGAGAGUGGACCUAUGUUUUUAAAGGUCAUCGAUUGUUCAAAUGAGAUCAAAGACAAAGAUUUCAUUGCCAAACAUAUGAGGGAGGUAAUUAUGGAGGUUGGGCACUCAAAUGUUGUGCAAAUAGUGACAGAUAAUGCAGUCGUUUGUAAAGCAGCAGGUUUAAUAAUUGAGGCUGAGUUUCCUUCCAUCUAUUGGACUCCAUGUGUUGUCCAUACAUUAAAUCUUGCUUUGAAGAACAUAUGUGCAGCCAAGAAUACAGAAAAAAAAAUGUUGUUUAUGAAGAAUGUUCUUGCAUCACCCAAAUUGCGGAUGAUGCAAUGUUUGUGA